AUGUCAUAUGAACAAUAUAAUUCGGACAAUAAUAAUCUCUAUGAGAUGACAAGUACUUCACGUAGAGAUUUAGAAGCAGAUAUUUCCUAUGAUAAAAAGGUAGCAUCUACUGAUACAUAUUCUCUAUCUUCACAGAAUGAUUACGUUGUUGAAACUAGUGAAGAGACAAAAUUAGGUUUCUUUAAUAGAUUAGCAUCGCGAUUAAAUGCAGAGACUAAAGGUGUAGAACCUGUUACUGAAGAUGAAAAAGAGCAAGACGAAAGUGUGCUCAAUGCGGCUUCUAUGUGGUUCUCAGCUAAUAUGGUUAUUGCAGCUUAUGCCUUAGGUGGGUUGGGUCCAAUGGUUUACAAAUUGAAUUUUGGUACUUCUGUCCUAGUUAUCAUCUUCUUCAGUAUUUUAGGUCUUUUACCUGUAGCUUUUUUUUCUAUCUUUGGCUCACAACUAGGUUUAAGACAGAUGAUUCUUUCAAGAUAUUUAAUAGGUAAUGUAACUGCAAGAAUCUUUGCACUUAUCAAUGUUAUUGCAUGUGUUGGUUGGGGGGUCGUUAAUACUGUUGUAUCUGCACAACUAUUAAACAUGGUUAAUCAAUAUGGAGAUAAUAUGCCUUUAUGGGCUGGUUGUUUAGUUAUCGUUGGAUGUACUGUUUUAGUUACUUUCUUCGGUUAUAAGAUUAUUCACGCUUAUGAAAAGUUCUCAUGGAUUCCAAACUUCUUUGUGUUUUUAGUUAUCAUUGGACGUUUGAAGAGAUCAGGAAACUUUGUUUUAGGGGAAUGGACAUCAGGUCCAACCACUGCGGGCCAUGUUCUUUCAUUUGGUUCUGCUGUCUUUGGUUUCGCCACUGGUUGGACUACGUACGCAUCUGACUACACUGUCUACAUGCCAAAAAAUGUGAACAAAUUUAAAGUGUUCUUCUCCGUUGUGGCUGGUUUAGCAUUCCCAUUAUUCUUUUGCAUGAUUUUGGGUGCUGCAUCUGCUAUGGGUGCUGUUCAUGAUCCAACAUGGGCUGAAUAUUAUGAGAAAAAUGCAAUGGGUGGUUUGACUUAUGCUAUCUUAGUUCCAAACUCAGUUCACGGAUUUGGUGAAUUCUGUUGUGUCUUAUUGGCUAUGUCUACUGUGGCUAAUAACAUUCCAAAUAUGUAUACCAUUGCUUUGUCGAUGCAAGCCAUGUAUGAACCAUUUGCUAAAGUUCCAAGAGUUGUUUGGACUAUGUGUGGUAAUGCUGCCACUUUGGCCAUUUGUAUUCCUGCAUGUUACUACUUUGACGCUUUUAUGGAAAAUUUCAUGAAUUCCAUUGGUUACUAUUUAGCUAUUUAUUCAGGUAUGGCACUCACUGAACAUUUUGUAUUUAGAAAGAGUUUUAAUGCUUACAUUGUAGAAGAUUGGAAUAAUUGGAGAAGAUUACCAAUCGGUAUUGCUGGUACAAGUGGUUUAAUUGUCGGUGCAUUUGGUGUUGCUUUAGGUAUGGAUCAAACAUAUUGGGUAGGUGAAAUUUCUCGUAGAAUUGGUGAAUAUGGUGGUGAUAUAGGGUUCGAGUUAGGUGCCUCUUGGGCGUUCCUUGUGUAUAUUAUUCUAAGACCACUUGAAAUUAAGUAUCUUGGUCGUUAA